UGGAAAUUGGAAUGAGUUGUCGGUUCUUGGGUUCGACGCUCAAUAUCUGUAACAACACAUUCUAAAUAUGAACAUAAAUCUUCAAUCAUUAUUCAGUAGUCUCUCUAUAAUUCUGUAUAUAAACAAACCCACACUUCGAUUUCCAGAACCAACAAACAGAACUCGAACCCAUUUCAUUCCGCCAUUGCUGACUUUUCCUGUUCCAGGAAGAAGAUGGGCAGUGAAAAUUUUGGUUUAUGGCUAUUUUUUAUUGCAUCACUUCAGUUUUUUAUUAGAACACACUGUACUAUUGUGGGGAUUACUUAUGUUCAUGAACCUAGUGUCAAAGGAGCUGUUUGUUUGGAUGGUAGCCCUCCAGCUUAUCACUUGAGUGAAGGGUUAGGCGCUGGUAUUAACAAUUGGUUGAUUCAGCUAGAGGGAGGAGGAUGGUGCAACAAUGUCACGACUUGCGUCCUGCGUCGGGAUACUCGUUUAGGUUCGUCUAAGGCCAUGGCUACCGAGCUUGCGUUUUCGGGGCUUUUGAGUAACCAACGAGAAUUCAAUCCAGAUUUUUAUAACUGGAAUAGAAUCAAAAUUCGAUACUGCGAUGGAUCUUCAUUCACUGGAGACGUCGAAGCCGUUGAUCCCGCAACCAAUCUGCAUUUCAGAGGAGCAAGAAUUUUUCGAGCCGUGAUCGAUGAACUACUCGCCAAGGGAAUGAAGAACGCGAAGAACGCUAUUCUCUCGGGAUGUUCGGCCGGUGGAUUAGGUUCCAUUUUGCAUUGUGAUAUCUUCAAAUCUUUACUUCCUCCUACUACCAAAGUAAAGUGUGUCUCAGAUGCAGGAUACUUCGUCAAUGUGAAAGAUGUCUCUGGAGCACGGCAUAUCGAGGAGUUCUUUAGUGAUAUAGUCGCCACUCAUGGUUCAGCUAGGAAUUUGCCUGUACAAUGCACUUCAAAAAUGAAACCCGAGUUGUGUUUCUUUCCCCAAAAUGUGAUUCAGCUCGUUCGGACUCCAAUCUUUAUUGUAAAUGCAGCUUAUGAUUCAUGGCAGGUAAGGAACAUUCUGGUGCCCGGUGUUGCCGAUCCACGCCAUAUUUGGAAUGACUGCAAGAACGACAUCAAAAACUGCUCGUCUAUUCAGCUUGAAACCUUACAAGAUUUCAGGGAUAAGUUUUUGAAUGCAUUGAAUGGCUUUGGACACCCUUCAUCAAGAGGAUUGUUCAUAGAUUCUUGCUAUGCGCAUUGCCAAACUGAAAUGCAGGAGACAUGGCUAAGAGCAGACUCCCCCAAGAUCAGUAACACGCCCAUUUCAAAGUCGAUUGGAGACUGGUUUUUCGACAGGAGUGUGUUCCAGAAGAUCGAUUGUCCAUACCCGUGUAACCCGACAUGCCAUAACCGCAUUUUUUAAACGAAAUACGACCUCUAAUGGCGGGUUUAUUAACACAGAUUACGUUGUUGUUUAUAACAGAGAAAAAAAAAACACAAGUAUACAGUUUGAAUACAAUGAAGCAACAUUCAUCAAGAGCUCGAAAAUAAGAACAAAGGCCAUCGCUGCACCGAACUCGGGGUGUGUCGUUAUCGUCUUCGAUUGUUUGAAUUGUGUAUUAGCUUAGCAUUUUCAUAUUGUUUGAGCCUUUGUAUUCUAUGAAACUAAAUAUCACCUAAUACAUUAUAUUCUCUCUA